CUUCACACAUGGGGAUCAAACAGAAAACCACAAAGUCGUCCCGCCGCCACGCAUACUCAUCCUUCCGGGAGCGUAUAGAGGCUAUCAAGAUUGAGCCGGCGCUCAAGCUUACCAAGCGCGCGCACGACUACGUGGAGACGUCGCACCUCCUCGCGACGUUCGAGCACUGGAAGGAGGUGAACAUUUCCGGCGAUUUCACCGAGUUUGGUUCCGAGAUUGAAAGCUACGUGCAAACGCUCCCUCAGAUCCUCUACCACCAGAAGGAAAUCUUCCAGGCCUUGACCAAACACAUUCGCAACAACGAUGCUCACUCCAUCCAGCCACUUAUGGAGAUGCUCGCACAGUUCGUCCAUGAUUUGGGACCAGACUUUCUUCCAUACUACCAGGAAACCCUCGACUUGCUCAUUGCCCUCACGCUUGACCGAAACGUGACCCAUUCCGAGACUCUCGAGGCAACCUUCACGUGCAUGGCCUUCAUCUUCAAGUACCUCUCGCGUCACCUCGCGACGGACCUCUUGCCCACGUUCAUCACCUUGAAGCCGCUUUUGAAAUUAACCACCCGAGAGUACAUUUCCCGCUUCUGCUCCGAAGCUUUGUCGUUCUUGAUCAGGAAGACCAACCAGCAGAGCUUGGUGGCUAUUAUCGCUGAGUCACUUAACAACGAAAAGGCCUUGUUGGAUAGCAACUACCACUACUGCAAUGCCUUGAGCAUCAUGUUCAGUGAGGCCAUGAAGAACACCCAGGGGACUUUCCACACCCGUUCGCUCAUCAUUGUCGAGCAGUUGUUGCAUAACUGUUUGAUGGUGGAUAACAACGCGAAAACGCUCUCCGUCAUAUCCGACGUUCUCUUGAAAGUGUUCAACCACGGGACGCCCGAGUCGUUAAAGGGUUUCUUGGAAGUUACAUUGGGGUCCAUCACCGAGAUCCUAACCGCCAGCGAGACCUCCUUGGCUAGUCUCACGAACUCUGAUAGCCCCGCUAACACAGUUGUCUGCGAAAGACUCAUUGCCGUAUCGCAGAUUAUCACCACGCUCAUUUUCGCGGAAAGCGGGAAGAAAAUCGAAGACUGGUCGCCCCUCCUCGCGGUCACCGACCAGUUAUUCGCCCACACCCAAUCACUCACUCCUUCUUCAGAGCCAAGCUACGCCGAUCUCUAUUAUACCCUUCUCGAUUCCGUCUCCUUUCUCGCGGCCGUGCUCAUUCGUAACUGCGAGUUGAAGGACCUCACGAAGUAUCAUGUAACGCUUUUCCGCCACAUGUACGGGCUCAACGAUGGCCACAACUUCCUCCCCUUCCUCGAGGUGGCGCUCAACCUUUCGACCGAAAAAACCCUUUCGUUUGCCGCGAAAUACCUCCAGGACUUUGUCUCUUCCAAGUGGGCACACCCGGGCUUUGACGAAAAAAUUGCACUUUUUCUCACAAACCUCGCGGAAAAGGACCUUUUGGCGAAAACCCCGACCCCCGGAAAGUUGUCGGUCGUCAUCAGCCACAAGUUCCACGAAACCGUUCUCACCUACUUUGUUGGCCUCCGCAUCGAUCCAUCUAGCACGCAUGAUUUGCAACAGGUUUAUUGGCGCUUGUUGAUCCUUAGACACACCAGCGGCGUCCGCGAGGCUGCGCCCCUCCUCCGCAUCCUCACGCAGAUCUCCACCGGCGCGGCAACGCGUCUCGGACACGAUCUCUGCGGGAUGAUUUUGGAGUCGCUUGCCGUCCAGGACUUGUCCGAUGAGGUUUACCGGACGAUUUUGGCAAAUAUUAUCGAAAACUUCAACGGCUUCAAGCUCAGCACGCCGUAUGUGACGGGUGUCCUUCGCUUUGUUUCGGCGCUCUCCCACGAGAAUUCCCGGGCCUUCUUGGUCGAUAACUUCUCUGUUUUCGUCCAGAGCAUUGCCUCGAACGUGUACCUUCCCCACCACGACGCCAGAUACGUGGCGCUUCAGCUUUUGAUUGCAACUUUGGAGAAGGCCGGGCGUGACGUUCCCUCGUUGAUCUCCCAGUGCCGUUUGAUCGAGGAAAUUCCGUUGACCUUGCAAACCGGCAGAGACAUCAUCUUGCGAGUGAGGAACUUGGGCAUGGACUUUGCCAAGGAAGCAUCUGCCGAUGCCCUUGUCACUGAAGUUGUCACCCGCUUCAUGUUUGGUUUGUUGUCAAACAAGUUUGCGCCGUGCUGGGAGGCAGUUUACGAGGCUCUCCCAAGUCUUGUGAGCAAGGCCACCGAACAGCUCUGGGAAUUGGCGUACGAGCUUAUAGCCAGAAACUACAGGCAGUCCGCCACAUUGGACGCGGAAUUGGCUGAAAGCGAGGCUGGGGUGGUUCUCAACACUAGACUCGACAAGUGGCUUCCGUCCGAUUACCGUUUGAGAGAUACGUUCAAGUAUAAUAAUCGCUACUUUGCCCACUUGAUGCAUCCACAGGCAUCUUUCAUCGUCUAUGCCGAUUCUAAAAGGGCCGAGGUUGACUUUACUGAGUUCAUGAGGGGCCAGGCCAUCAAGGCGUUAGCGACAGUGAAGGUUGUCGCUGAAAAGCAUUCCCAGCUCUUGGUUCCGUUCCUUUUGAAUGAUGAGGAUGAGGAUGAGGAUGAGGAUGAAGAAGAGGAUGAGGAAGAGAAUGAAGAAGAGGAUGAGGAUGAGAAAAAGGAAACUACACCACAAACUUCAACUUCGUCUCGCCUGUGGAGUGUGAAAGACCGCAACGCCGUCGUCUCGCUCUUUGCCAAGUUUAACAACCUCAGAAAGGUUCACCGUUCGGCUGAGGUCUAUCAGUAUCUCCUCCGUCUUCUUGGUAACCGCAAUUCCGUCGUCCAGAAGAUCGCACUUGAGUGUCUCCUCAACUUCAAAAACCAACAGGUCAACCGCUACAAGAACAACCUUGAGUGUCUCCUCGAGGAAUCCACAUUCAGAGACGAGAUCGCCAAGUUCCUCACCACAUCUGAGACCAGUACGAUCAACUCCCAGGACCUUGACCACUUGAUGCCGCUCGUGAUCCGGAUCCUCUUCGGGCGGGCCCAGACCGCCAAGACGGGCGGAAACAAGACGGGACGCAAGUUUGCCGUUGUUUCCGUCUUGCCAAACAUCCAAGACAAGUACAUUGUGGACUUUUUGAAGUUGGGGUCAGACCGGAUUGACCACGAAAAGUACUUUGGUGCGCUCAGAUCGCCAGGUGAGACCUAUGACCUGCCGCUUGGUUCGCUCUCAACUCGCUCACCUGAUAUCUCUGAGAAGGCGCUUCGCCGUCUUUCCGGUUUUGUCAACCUCCUCACCGACGUCUACUCCACUCUCGGACUCAACUACCCCCAGGUCCUUUGCUCUACCGUCGAACCGCUUCUCUACGCGCUCUGUGUCUCCCAGUACGCCGUGGACCACCGCACAGAUCUUCCUGACCCCACCCUCGAGAAGGCCGCCCGUAACAUCAGACAAUUUGGGAUGAGAAACCUCAGCGAGCUCUUCACCCUUCUUGGCGCCAACUUCGACUGGUCCCUGUAUAUUCCGCUCAUCUACUCCCAGAUCGUGUCGCCCCGCUUCGAGAACUUUGCAGAAGAGAACCUCCAGCAGCCGUCGGCGUUAAUGAAGAUGAUCACCGGCUGGGCUUCCGCCGAGGCACACUUUUCCUUCCUCUACCACGAGGACUUUGCGGCCGCGCGUGCGCUUCUCUCGUUGUUGCCGAACGCGCACGCCAAAGACUCCGUUAUUCUUACGAUCAUGGAGUUUGCCACGAGCAUCACUGCGCAGUCGUUGGACGAUGAAAGAUUCAUUCACCUUGUGGCAUUGGUGGUGGAGUCAUGUCUUGCAACGCUUCCGGCGAUCUUUACACGUGUCGCGAGCCGUGAACUCAACGCGCGCGCGAUCGCGCUCCUCCUCGCACUCAUCGACCGUGGCUACAUCAGCGACAAUACCACCAAGAAGGCGCUCAUUGACGCGCUUUGUCUCGCGAUGGACAAGCCGAACCAGCACGUGGAUAUGCGCGACAAAGUGAGCAUCCUCAAGGCCCUUGCCGCGCUUGUGGGCGACUUUGACUGCUCCCUCGUCGAAGUGACCCCUCUUUACGAGUCCUGCUCCAAGGCGUUCAAGGUCUACAGUGACCGCAACAUCCGCAAGACGUUGAUUUCCGUGUUCGAGAGCAUGGGUGGCAGGUUUAGCGAGCUCGAGCGCGUGGGGGAGCUUAUUUCCAACUUGAACGCCUACUCGGCAAAGUAUCUCGACCAACCAGACUUUGAAAAGCGCUUGGCCGCCUACAAGACCAUCAACGAUGCGCAGUACCCGCUCUUUUCGCCAAUGGAGUGGCUUCCGCUUCUCUAUUCCGCACUCUUCCAGAUCAACGACGACGAGUUUGGGAUCAGAACCAACGCCACGUACCUUCUCAACCGCUUUGUGGAUGCGUUUUCCCAGAGAGACUCGCCUGAAGAGGCCGCGCCGUUUGUCCAGUUGUUCAAGAACGUGGUGCUUCCGCACCUCCGCCUCGGGUUGAGAAAGGAGAAGGAGACGACCCAGACCGAGUUUAUCUCUGUGCUUGCGCACAUUGUGGAGCAUGCGAAGUACUACACCGAGCUCGAUGACAUGAAGGUGUUGCUUUUUGGAGGGGAUGAGGAGGUGAACUUCUUCUACAACAUUAACCACAUCCAGUUGCACCGUCGCCAGAGAGCCGUCAGAAGGGUCAGGGACGUUAGAAAUGAGCUUUGUGAUAACUCCGUGUCGCACUACCUUCUCCCGUUGAUCGAGCACUAUGCGUUUUGCAAGGAUGACAAGUUGCGGAACCUUGCGAACGACAGUAUCGAGACUAUUGGCGCGUUGGCACGGUGUGUGAGUUGGAACCAGUACAAGGCAUUGUUGAGACGGUAUAUCUCGUAUGUUCGGUCGAAGCCAGAGCAGUUGCGAGAUGUGGUUGGAUUGGUUGUAGCCGUCUCAGGGGCGUUGUUAGCCUCGACGAAGGCAAGGGCUGUUGCAGAGCCAGAGGACGAGGUGGAUGCCGAAAUUGCCGACGUUGACAUGGCUGGCGCGGCUAAGGCUGACAUUACAGAUAUCAUCCGUAAGAUGCCCUCCAACCCUGCUGACAUUAUCGUCUACAUCACUGGCGAGCUCUUCCCAAAGCUCACUAAGGUCCUCACUCUCCGUGACGACGAAACCAUUGUCCACCGAAUUCCUCUCUCGGAAGCACUCACCUCCUUGGUCAUGUGCCUUCCAGAGGAGCAGAUUCUCCUUGAGCUCCCCGGAAUCCUCACCUCCGUCUGCCAGAUCAUGCGGUCGCGUUCCGAAGAGCUCCGUGACGCGGUAAGAAAGAACCUUGGGCGGAUGGCGAAGCUUCUCGGGGCCCAGUACAUCCAGUUCAUCCUCAAGGAGCUCAAGGGCGCCUUGACCCGUGGCUCCCAGAUCCACGUGCUUUCGUUCACCAUCCACGCGUUGCUUGUGUCGAUGAAGGACGAGCUUUCUCACGGGGACCUUGAUGAGUCCGCGGUACUCAUUGUGAACGUGAUUAUGGAGGACGUGUUUGGGGCUGCUGGCCAGGAGAAAGACGCUGACGGCUACACUAGCAAGAUGAAGGAGGUCAAGCACAACAAAUCGUUCGACACGGGCGAGCUUUUAGCGGCAAACAUCUCUUUGAAGACCUUCAACAAGCUCAUCACGCCUGUAAAGUUGUUGCUUCGCGAGCGAAUCCAGCUCAAGACCCAGAACAAGCUCGAGGAGUUGUUGCGCCGCUACGCCUUGGGGUUGAACCACAACGAUGAAGCGUCUUCCAGAGACCUUCUUGUGCUCUGCUACGAGCUCCACAAGCAAUCAGUGGAAAUUCUCGGGAACCCAGAGAACGACGGGAAGACCGAGGCCGCCGACCAUUUCCUCGUCAAGCUUUCGUCCCGGCCGCUCAAGACCCAGAUGGAGUACUCUUUGUACGUCUACACCCUCCAGAAGUUUGCUUUUGAUCUCUUGCGAACGGCCAUCACCCGUCACCAGACGUUGAUGACCACUGAAAGCCUCCUGGGCUUUGUGCCGCUAUUGGAAGACAGCUUGCACGCCGAGAACGAGGGUGUUAUGGUGUCGUGUCUCAAGGCGUUGAACCUCAUUGUCAGGCUUCCGUUCGCGGAGGAAACCGACGCUGUGUUUAAAACCUGCGCCAGACGGACGUUGACCAUUAUCAAGGAUACGCCAAACACAAACUCUGAGCUUUCCCAGAUGUGCUUGCGUUUCCUCGCGACGGUCAUCCGCCACAAGGAGGACAUCAAGUUGAAGGAUACGGCUGUGAGCUACAUCUUGGUGAGAAUCCAGCCAGAUUUGGAAGAGCCAAACCGCCAGGGGUUGGCAUUCAACUUCCUCAAAUCGGUUGUUUCGAAGCUCAUUCCGGUGCCAGAGGUGUAUGACACUAUGGAUAAGGUUUCUCAGAUCAUGGUGACGAACCACGCGAAGGAGAUCCGAGACAUGGCCCGGAGCGUCUACUUCCAGUUCUUGAUGACCUACGACCAGGGGCGCGGCCGAAUCGAGAAGCAGUUCAAGUUCUUGAUCAGCAACCUUGAGUAUCCAGCCCAGGCCGGUCGUCAGUCUGUCAUGGAGCUUGUCAACUUGGUGCUCAACAAGGCCUCGUCCGAGUUGUUACAGCGCAUUGCGCUCUCCUUCUUUGUUCCGCUCGCGAACGUGUUUGUUGCCGAUGAUGCCCACAAGUGCCGUGAGAUGGCGCUUGUGUUGAUCACUACGAUUCUCAAGAAGCUCAAGGACGUGCCAAACUCCCGUGAGGCGGUGGAAAAGUACUUGCUUGCGUGGAUCCAGCAGGAAGACAACGAGUUGUUGUCGAUUUGUGGGUUGAAGGUGUACAAAACGUACGCCUCGGAGGUUGGGUUGGGUGUAAAUUCCGCCUUGGACGCUGCGGCCUUGAAGCGGAUCACCCGUACCCUCGAUUUAGCAAAGAACAACGAAGAGGAAGAAGCAGAGGUCGAAUGGGAGUCAGUUCACGCAUCGUUGACCGUGUUUGGGGCCAUUGCGGGCCAGCUAGGUGAGAGUGCAUUUGUGGAGGAGCUCAGACCAAUUUGGGAUAACGUGACCGAUUCGCUUUUGUAUCCACAUAGUUGGGUCAGAAGUGUCGCAUGUCGUCUUACCGGGAUGCUUCUUUCUCGCCUUGGAAGCCUUGCCGCUGGGUUCGGCUACACCGACUACGAUGUCCAGACCAUCGCCACGCGCUUACUCCGCCAGCUCUCCGCCCCUUCCAUCGAGACCCAGCUUGGCACCCAGAUUGUCAAGAACUUGGUUGCCAUCACAAUGUUCUGGACCAAGAACUCUACACUCUACCAGUCCAGGGCGAUGGCGCCGUCGCACAAGCCGGUUAUCGGCACGGUGGAGGAGGAGCCAAAGUACAAGUACGCCACGGACUGGAUCGGAACGCGUAUCUCGGCUAUCAUGAGAAACGAGGCCAACAACCACGCGAUGUUUGUGUCAAAGAAGUCUGCCAUUCAGUUUUCCGCGAUGAUGUGUCAGGUCUUGCCACUCGACCGCUUGACCGAUGUGGCCCAGAACUUGAUUUUGGCCUUGUACAACUUUACCGAGAUGGAGACCGCGACCGACGCCGAGAAGGAGUUGGGCGACUUGGCCUUGGAGUGUCUCCAGUUGAUGGAGUCCAAGUUGGGUGUGUCUGAUUACACCCGUUUGUACACUACCGUCAGACAGCAGGUGACAAAGAGACGCCAGGAUAGGCGGGCCAAGAAGGCCCAUUUGGCCAUCACCGCGCCCGACGUUGCCGCGAAGCGCAAGAUGAAGAAGCAUGAGCGUUUCCGUGAGAAGAGAAAGCACGAAAAGGAUGACAACGGGUACUACCACAGCAAGAAGAAGAGAAUGGUGUAGGGGUUGUAUUUUUAAUGUAUGAUAGUUUUAAGCUGAGUAGAUGAGCAGGCCACCAAAGGAGAACCACCCAGAUUAUUUGAUUUUUA